AUGGAACAAGAAAAGACAACAACAAAUUCUGACCUUAUAGAAAGGUUAUGGAAGAUCUUUGUUGACCAGGAAAUGACCCUAGCUAACUUGAAGAACGAAAUAGCUCAAGAAACCUGCUUAAAAAUGGCUUUACUCCAAAAUAAGUUCGAACUUGACUUCUUUAGCUACAAAAAGAUAGCCCAAGAUAUGGAGAAUGAGAUAUUAAGUCAUGGGCCUCUUGCUUCACAGGUUGAUGCCUUGAGAGAAGAGUUUUCUGCCCUUGAAAAGAGGAAAUCCAUAAAUUUAUCCAAACUCAAGUCCUUAGGAGAGUUCAACAACAUUGAAAGCAUCAAUCAAGAGAUUGCUAAUGUCGAAGCAGAUAUAGAAUCAAUCAAAAAAUCAUGCGAAAAGCUUGUCAACGAACUUAUUAACUUUAAUGACGACGAACUACUCGAAUUACGAACAAUCCAGCAGAACUACUACAUCAGGAUGAAAGCUUCAAAGAGCAAAUCAUCCAUUUAA